AUGGCUGAGGUCGUCGAGAUCACCGAUGCCGUCUCGCAUUCCCCUCCUCCUCCCAACGCCAAGCGCCCAAAGGGCAUCCUCAAGAACUCCUACCACGGUCGCUCGCCGCCCAUCUCCCCCACCGCCGCCGCUUCAAACAGCCAUGCCAUCGACUCCACUGAAGACCACCCCAUGAGCGAGAAAGAGGUCACCAUCCAAAACACCCAGAUCAACGCAGGCCACCGCCGCUCCUCCUCCGCCGCCAGGCCCGUUGGCUCGCGGCGCCAGAGCUCGCGCACCCCCUCCGUCACCGACCCCUCCGAGGAGGCCGACCCGCGCAUCAAGUGGGACGAGGCGAACCUGUACCUCACCGAGCAGGAGCGCACCAGCACCAUGAAGAUCACGGAGCCCAAGACGCCGUACGCGAAGCACUACGACCCAGCCGAGGACCCGAGCGACGAUGACGACAUCAACGCCGCCCCCGGUGGCGCCGGCGCCAUCAACAGCAGGAAGCGCAAGGAGGGCAGCCACCACGCCAGCGGCCGGGCCCAGAACGAGGACGACAUCCCGGGCCUGUCGCUGGGUGAGCCGGAGGAGGCCGUCCCGGAUGUGCCCGCCGACGAGGUCGAGCUGAAGCGGCAGCAGCACCGCAGCGGCAGCGGCAGCGCCGUGCACAUCGACGGCGCCACCGGCGCGCAGGACGAGGUGGGCCUCUCGCCCGAGGAGGCCGAGAAGCACCGCCGUUUCGAGGAGAUGCGGAAGAAGCACUACAAGAUGACCUCGGUCGUCCACACCCUCGGCCACCCCGAGGAGAUCGACACCCUCGCAGCCGAAGACGAGGAUGAUAGCGACGAGGAGGGAGGCGCGUCUAAUGGUGCUGCUGUCCCGCCUAUGCCUCCGUUGCCGUCUAAUAUUAACGGCCCGUCAGCGUAG